UUCAUGCAGUUGAUUUUUUCUGCGGAGAAUACUGGGAGGGUUCUGAAAUACGAUCCAACAACUACGGAAACCAGUGUCCUUUUGAGGAAUCUCCAAUUUCCAAAUGGGGUGUCCUUGAGCAAGGAUGGUUCCUUCUGUCUUUUGUGAAGGAUCCAUUGGCAGGUUACGAAAGUAUUGGUUGAAAGGUGAGAAGGCAGGGACAUCAGAGGUACUAGCGGUCCUGCCUGGAUUUCCUGACAAUGUCAGGACCAACGAAAAGGGUGACUUUUGGGUGGCAAUCCACUGUCGACGAUCCAUAUAUAUUUAUUUCUGCUCACUAUACCCAAAAAUCAGGAAAUUUAUCCUCAAGCUUCCAAUUCCUGGGAAACUUCAGUACAUGCUUAACAUUGGGCGCCAGCCCUAUUCAGCAGUUGUCAAAUACAGCCCAGAGGGUAAGCUUUUGCAGAUAUUGGAGGACAGUCAGGGGAAAGUUGUCAAGGCAGUAAGUGAAGUGGAGGAAAAGGAUGGGAAACUAUGAAUGUGGAGUGUUUUGAUGCCUUUUGUUGCAGUUUACAACUUGGCGUAAGAAGCCAAAGAAUUGACUUUCUGGUAAGGGCCAUCGUUGCCAAUGCUAGAGGUAGCUACAGCCCCCCACCCUCUCUUUUUCUUCUCUCCUUUUCUUUUCUUCCCGGGGCCAAAAACUAAAGUGCUACUUUUCCCUUGUUUUGCACUUCUGAAGAAUCAAUGCUCUUAGGGUGGUUUGGAUACAAAGAUGA